UAGCCCGAGAAUAGGAAAAAAUCGACGCGAAAAUACCUAUUUAUAGUAAGGUGUAGUACGUCAUACAGCUUUCCAGGUCACAUGACCAUGUCACAUGAUUCUCUGACCCGUAAACAAAAUGGCAGGUAACAGGUUACCAGUUGAGGUUAUCACUCAUAUCAUGAGGUUCCUAAGUGUCUCAGACCGUAAAGAAGCCUGCUUAGUGAACAAGAUCUGGUAUGAGGCCUACUCCGACCCUGUAAUACAGAGAGAUAUUGUAGUAACAUUCCACUCCCACAGCACAUACUGUAAGGAACCUUUGUCAGGUCUGCGGAGACGUCAGACCCCAAAUUUAGUCCUCAACGAGAUAGAUGACUCUAAUAAAUCCAAGGACAUGAUCCUUAUGUCAUGCCAGUAUCUUAGUGAGAACUUGCAGAGCUUGUCACUAAAAGGCUGUGAGGUGAGUGUCGGGACUUUCAUGACUUUCAUCAACCAGUGCUGCACCCUGGUGAGCUUAGAUCUCAGUUGCUGCAAUAACUUGUUCAUGACAGGCACCCUGCUCCAGAAUGCGGAAGAAAGGGAGAAACUGCAGAAAGUUUUAGAAAAUGUGCGAUAUUUGAACUUGAGCGGGAUACGCUUCCUCUCUGAUGUUACCUUCAACAGAAUGGUAGAGGUGUGCUGCAACAUCGAGUCCCUCUCCCUGGCAUCUUCGCGCAUCACAUUCAACUCAGACCCUUACAAGAGAAACACCGCACAUGGCCCCAGUGCAUCCUUGCUCACUUUUGAAAACAUUAUGAAAUUCAUCGAGGACAACAGCAAUAAGAUCAAUGCUCUAGACUUCAGCCGCACCUCCAUCAAUGACGAGGCACUCCUAACAGUGGCCAGCACAAAGGGUCUUAAACUUCAGAGACUUGUCCUCCACACUUGCAGAGAGCUGGGAUCCGAAGGAGUCGUGGAUCUCUGUAAGACACAAAAAGACUUGGAACACUUGGACUUGGCUGAGUGCUUUGAAGUGGGAAACCAGGGGGCUGGUGCCAUCAUGAGGAACCUAUCGCUGUUAAAAUUCCUCAGGCUUGAGAAGUGCAGGUAUGUCACUGACGAGGCCGUGAAAGGGUUACACCAGUUACAUAACCUCGUCCACCUCGACCUUUCUGCUUGCCAUCAGGUCACCUCCAAGGGGUUAAUCCGAGGGAUCUGUGAGAAACCCCUCACCCUCCUCACCCACCUCAACCUGAACUGCUGCAGUUACGUCAAUGACAGUUUUGUGUUGGAGGCGUGCAGGGCUCUCCCUCAGCUCGUCCACCUGGAUCUGGGCUCCUUAUAA